GGCUUCCUCAUGGAUGACGUCAUCAGUAUAGAUAAUCGGGUUUAUUUCUACGUGGAUUUCAUAGUUGUUAAUUUUUUGUAAAAUGUUCAAAGACCUUUUAAAGUGGUAACAGUAGCUAUAGGUAAGCAACCUAAAAGUGUUUCAUAUAUUUUUAGUUCAUUAAAGUGAAUAUUAGUGGGCCUUUUAUUGCAGCUUUGCUUGGCUCGGACUUAGGCUAAGUCUUAGGUGAAUGUUGGGUGUACCUGUUUUGCUGCCUGUUGUGAUUUGAAAAUACCAAAAACAUGAUGCAAGGAGAUUCUUCAAGUCUAAACAGCUCCAGGGGUAACAUAGCCACACAAAAAUGGAAAAUUUUCCAACAGCGGUACCAAAAGCUGUUGGAUGAUGUUACUCCUUAUCUUGCUGGAAGGUGGAUUGGUGCAGCCAUCUUAGCAGUUAUUUUUCUAGCCAGGAUAUUUUUACUUAAGGGCUGGUACAUAGUCACCUACGCCUUGGGAAUUUAUCACUUAAAUUUAUUCAUUGCAUUUCUAUCACCAAAAAUCGACCCUGCAAUCAUAGACUAUGAAGACGACGCAGGGCCGGAGCUGCCGACGAGAGCCAAUGAAGAGUUCCGUCCAUUUAUCCGCCGCCUACCAGAGUUCAAGUUCUGGUAUUCGGUCACCAAGUCGACGGUGAUAGCCACUGUGUGCACAUUCUUCGACUGUUUCAACAUACCAGUCUUUUGGCCCAUCCUGGUCAUGUACUUCAUCACGCUAUUCUGUAUCACCAUGAAGCGACAGAUCAAGCAUAUGAUCAAGUACCGGUAUCUGCCUUUCACCCAUGGCAAGCCCAAGUACCAAGGCUUGAAUGAUUCUGGCAAGGUGAUUAACGCUAAGUGACAGGUGAACUAUCUGGCCUAACUGUCCGUUACAAUGGAAUAGCGAUGACACCAACGUCUGAUGACCAAUCGGAAGAGAUUGCUGUUUUUGAAAGAAAUGAGAACAUAAUCUAAGAAUGUGUUUGAGUUGAGUAUGGCAUUGUGUUCCAGGGAGGCAUGGAGGUUCGCGAAUUGUAGCCCCCAAACAUUUUUACACCUGGACUUAACCUUUAUUUUCAAAACACAUUUUUCACCUUUAGUUGAUGUGGGACUAUAAAAAGUAAUGUUUCCUAUGGAAAUCGAUCACAGUAUUGGAUAAGAGGCUUGGUCUGUGCAAUUCAGCAGUGAUAAAAGAACGAUUUAGUGGUAUUACUAUUAUUAUGAACGUUUUACUAAGGAUGUGUAACAUGUAAAUGACUAUUAUAUUUGUUUUCAUUAAAAAAUAUGUUAACUUA